AUGUCAAACAACAACAACAAUUCAGAAUGCAAGUGCUCUAAAUGCUCUCCCAAUAGCAUGGGAUUUGUUUUGGUGUCUACCCAAACACUCAGAAGACAUGCACAACAGGAUAUCGUGAGACAAUAUCAGUCAGGAUCUUCUUCCUCAGUUAUAGAAGUAAUGUCGAAUGACAAUGACAUGGAGAUUGACUUUGAAUACAAUGUUGAUGCCGAAGAUCAAGUUGAAGCCGAAGACUUACCUCUUUUUGGCAUUGAUUCCUUGUUUGAUUCUGAAAGCGAAGAUGAGGGUGUCAUUGAAGCAACCAUUUUGGAUAUUUCUGACGAUGAAUCUGAUGAUGUUAGAGAGCACUUUUCUUCAUCCAAUAUGCCAGUCGAUCCUACUCAUGCUUUCAUUGCUUCUUUUGCUGCCUUCUUCAUAUCCAAAUAUGUUGUCAAUUCUGGUGGUGCUGUUCUGUUAAAGUUUCUUAACGAAGUAUUGGCACACUUUGGACAGUCUUUCCGUCUUCCCCUCAGUAUAAGCGGUGUCAACUCUAUGACCGGUCUCAGCGACGUGACUCGAGGUGUCCAGCGGUUUGUUGCAUGUGGCGAUUGUAACAAAGUAUACGAAGAGUCCGAUGUUGUUCCAGAGUGCUGUAAUUUCGAGAGACUCUCUGGUAGAGAAUGUGGAAACGCUCUUUUCUUUGCAACAUCAAGAGCCUUGACUAUCCCCAAAAAGAUCUACAUGUAUAACUCCAUAAUCAAAACAUUGUCUAUCCUUUUUUGCCGCCCUGGAUUCGAAGACACCAUCAACCAUUGGAGAAUCAGAGUGCAAGUUCCAGGCAUGAU